AUGAGCGGCAAGGGGAAGUUUCGCAUCGAACCGUUCAAGCACAGGGUGGAGCUGGACGCGCAGAAGACGUGGAAGGUUCUUAAGGAUGCCAUCCACGAGAUCCACCACAGGAACGCCAGCGGGCUGUCCUUCGAGGAGCUGUACCGCAACGCGUACAACAUGGUGCUCCAUCGACACGGCGACGCGCUCUACAAAGGGCUCGUGUCGCUGGUCACCGAGCACCUGAAGGGUGUCGCCUCCGAGGUCAACGCGGAGCGCGGCGAGGGCUUUCUCGGUGAGCUCAUCAAGCGAUGGGACCACCACACGCACAGCAUGCAGAUGGUCCGCGAUAUCCUGAUGUACAUGGACAGGAUAUACGUCCAGCCAAAUGGCCUGAAGCCGGUGCACGACCUCGGGCUUCAGCUCUGGCGCGAUCAGGUCAUGCGCGGGCCGGGCAUCAAGUCCAGGGUACGCGACGCGGUGCUCGGUGCCAUCAAUAGGGAACGGUGCGGGGAGAAGAUCGACACCCAUCAGCUCCGAGCGGUCACCGCCAUGCUCAUGGAUCUCGGCGUCGACUGCUACGCUAAAGAUUUUGAGGAACCGUUCCUGGCGGCGACGACCGAGUUUUACCGGGCCGAGGCGCAGAGGUUCCUCGCGGACAGCGACUGCGCGCAGUACCUGCGUAAGUCAGAGGCGCGGCUCGCCGAGGAACAGGCGAGGGUUCUCGAGUACAUGAACCCGAGGACGGUUAAGACGGCGAUUGCCCGGUGCGAGGAGGAGCUGCUGACUGCGCCGAUGCGCCAGACGCUCUCGAUGCCGGGGUCGGGUCUGAGCGCGAUGCUGGUCAGGGACGGGGUCGACGAGCUCAAGCUGGUGUACAAGCUGUUCCGACGCGUGCCGAACGGUCUGAGGUCGGUAAAGGAGAUGGUUUUCGAGCACGUCUCCGGUGAGGGUAAGGCGUUGGUGACUGAUCCGGAGAAGGAGAAGGAGCCAGGGGAGUACGUCGAGGGUUUGCUGCGCAUGAAGGACAAGUACGGAGGGAUCGUGGACGCCGCGUUCGACGGGGACAGGCAGUUCGUCAAUGCGCUGCACCUAUCCUUCGAAAAUUUCGUCAACCUCAACAACAGGAGCGCCGAGUACCUGAGCCUCUACGUCGACGACAAGCUGAGGCGCGGGCUCAAGGGGGCGGAGGAGGAGGAGGUGGAGGCGACGUUGGACCGCGCCAUCGUGCUCUUCAGGUUCCUCAGGGAGAAGGACGUGUUCCAGAAGUACUACCAGGAGCACCUGUCCAAGCGUCUGUUGGGGGGGCGGACCACCAGCGACGACGCCGAGCGAAGCCUCGUGGUCAAGCUGAAGACGGAGUGCGGGUACCAGUUCACGACCAAGUUUGAGGGGAUGUUCAACGACAUCCGCACCAGCGCUGACUCCAUGAAGGCGUUCCGGACCCACCUCGAGGAGCGCGCGGCGAGCGGUGACCUCGCCAUGGCGGCCGAGCCGUCAUCCAGCGGCGUGACCACGGACGCCGACGGUAUCAAAGUAAAGACGAGCGGCGGCGUAUCGUCGUAUCUCGGGGGAGUGGACCUCAGCGUGCAGGUGCUCACCACCGGUUCGUGGCCGGUCAAGGGCCAGAACGUGGGCAUGUGUACGCUGCCCCCCGACAUGCAGGCGGCCUGCGACGCGUACAGGGACUUUUACCUCGGCAGCCACAACGGAAGGCGGCUUGCGUUUCUCACGCAGAUGGGAACGGCGGAGGUCCGGUACACUUUCGGGGAUGGGGUGAGGCGCGAGCUGAGCGUGAGCACGUACAUGGCCUGCGUGCUCCUGCUUUUUAACGACGCGGAGAGCCUGAGCUACCGCGACAUCGCGGCGGCCACGGCCAUCCCCGGGGACGACUUGCGGCGCUCGCUCCAGUCGCUCGCGUGCGUCCGGGGCAAGAACGUCCUGCGCAAGGAGCCCAUGAGCAAGGACGUGAACGACGACGACGUGUUCAGCGUCAACGACAACUUCACGUCUAAGAUGAUCAAGGUGAAGAUCUCCACGGUCAGCGCCCAAAGAGAGACGGAGCCCGAGAAGAAGGAGACGCGGUCUCGGAUAGAGGAGGACCGCAAGCCGCAGAUCGAAGCGGCCAUUGUUCGGAUCAUGAAGGCCAGGCGACAGUUGGACCACAACAGUGUGGUGCAGGAGGUGACCAAGCAGCUGUCAUCCAGGUUCAUCCCGUCGCCCGCGGACAUCAAGAAGCACCUCGAGUCUCUCAUCGAGAAGGAGUUCAUCGAGCGCGACAGGCACGACCGUAAGCUCUACAUCUACCUCGCUUAGGUUUCUCGUCGUGUCUCAACGCACAAUUGUUUCAUAUCUACUACGUAGACUUUCACGC